AGACAUAUCCAAACUUGCUCACUCUUCAAGAGCCCACUGGACUGACUGCAUCAGAGGGAGAUUUCAUCUCUCGGAAGUCUAAUCCUAGCUACAUCUGAGAAGAACUGUGUAAAGAUAUCUUUUCAGCAGGAGGAAAGGAACAGGGUACAGAAGUCAUGGUCACAUGGUAACUGCUGGGAGGAUGUCUGGCUGUUUUUGCUGAUAAGGCUGACUUCAUGUUUCAAGCAUGAGCACGGAGUGGCCUUGGCUUUUAAUUAAUUAAUUAAUUUUUGUCUCACUCGAUUUGGGCCACACAGAUGAUCCUUUUCUGUGAAAAUCUUGUGUUUUAAAGGCUGCUCUUUUUUUGCUUUCUUAAAUUCAUAAGUGACCCAAAGUGAAAUAGGGACUAUUUUAGAUAAAUGAUCUGGGGAGCAGAAAGCAGCAGAGAGGCAAAGAAGCAAAGUGAAUGACAGUUUUCCUCUAACAUCGACAGUCAGAAAGGGACUCAGGUCUAUCAGGCUAAGGUGUCCUCCACGAUGUUCCCGCUGCAAGGUGCCCAGAUGCUGCAGACCCUGGAGAAAUCCCUGAGGAAGAGCCUUCCUGAAUCCAUAAAGGUUUAUGGGACUGUAUUUCACAUGAACCAUGGAAACCCAUUCAACCUAAAGGCUUUAGUAGACAAAUGGCCUGAUUUCAAUACGGUGGUUAUCCGCCCUCAGGAACAGGAUAUGACAGAUGACCUUGAUCAAUACACCAAUACUUACCAAGUCUACUCCAAGGAUCCCCAGAACUGUCAAGAAUUCCUUGGUUCUCCAGAAGUGAUCAAUUGGAAGCAGCAUUUGCAGAUUCAGAGUUGCCAGUCGAGCCUGAAUAAGGCAGUACAAAAUCUUGCAGCGACGAAAUCUUUGAAAAUCGAACGCUCAGAGAACAUUCUCUUCAUCGCAGCUGAAACCAUCAAGAAACUAAUCCCUUCCCUGCUGGAUACAAAGACUUUAUCACCUGGUGAUGGCAAGCCCAAGGCCAUCAACCAAGAGAAGUUUAAAAUCUCAUCCCUGGGUAUUCCCCAUGCUGCCUUGGUGAAUAAAUUCUGGCAUUUUGGUGGCAAUGAGAGAAGCCAGAAAUUCAUUGAGCGCUGUAUCCAGAACUUCCCGAGCUCCUGUUUGCUGGGGCCUGAGGGGAACCCAGUGUCCUGGACAUUAAUGGACUACACUGGAGAAACGCGAAUGGGAGGUACCCUGCCUGAGUACCGUACCCAGGGCCUCGUCUCCUAUGCUGUCUAUAUGCAGGCCCAGGAAAUGGCCAAACGUGGGUUUCCUGUUUAUUCUCACACAGUCAGGACCAACACAGCUAUGCAAAAAAUGAGCUACACUCUGCAACAUAUCCCCAUGUCUUGUGCCUGGAACCAGUGGCUCUGUUCGCCCAUGUGAAGCUGGCGCUGAACACAACUUGGUGUUGGGUGGGUCUGGAGUGAAUGGCAGGAAGAAAGAAAUAAUACACUGAAUCAGCAGUCAGGGCUCCUGUUCGGGCUCCACAGAAGGAGUGUGAAUGGUCAACAGGACUUUCCUGUCCCUGGGCUCAAAUCACUCAUGGACUUCCCUUAGGUUCCCCAGAUAGAAGCAGAAAAUGUUGCUGCUGUAUUGAACCCCUGUGAUUUAACACCACAUCCUUCAUCAGCUACAUAAUGUUUCAAAUUACUUUUUCUGGAACUCGUAACAAGUGGGUUGGAAGAUCCUUGAUAAUAUUUUCUGGCCGCUAUGACUUAUUUCUCUUUCUGUUUAUGGCUUUUCCUUCAGUGAUCAGCAAGUGGGCUUUCUUCAUUAGAUCUUUAGAGUGUAGCUUUUCCUCUGUUUGCUGCUUUAUAGGUACAUUAAAUAUAUGCCACACAAAUUAUAUGGGCUGUUAGGCUAAACACAAUGUACAUGACAUAGCAAGAAGAAUUGUUAAGAAAAAAGACUAACUCCUUUAACUUGUCUUCUCCCAGCUCCCACCCCAGGAAAAAUGAUCCAAUGUGGCUUCCCAAACCCACUGAAACUAUCGAGUAAUAAAGUGAUUUUUACCCUUGA